AUGGGUCCUGCGCACUUUACGCGGUCACUGAUCUCAGUUAGGCAUUGCGCAUGCUUGGCGUGCAACUGCACGCAGUAUGACCUUUUUACGAGUUAUGGGAUGUCACUCUCGCUCGCGGAAGCCAUCCGGCACGCUCCCCCACCCCCACAAUCAAAGGCAUUCGGCAACUACGGGCCGCCGCCGAAGGAGAAGAAUCAGUGGCGCUGUGAGAAGCGAGAGUCGGCGGAACAUUCGGGUUAUCCGACCAGGAUUAUACAUAUUCCCAACUGCUGCUGGCGGUCUAGCAUUUCAGAGAGCUAG